AUGUCCAAUAUGGACAAGGGUCCUUGCGAUAGAGAUAAUGAGAGGGUAUGUCUUAAACUUGACGCCUCAAGGUCUGCGCUAAUGUUUCUUUUCAGGGUAUGCAGCGAUGCAGAGCUUGUGCAAAACACAUGGGAUCGCUAUGAUGCGCAACAGCCGGGCUCCAAGGUCUUCAGUUCUGUUAUAGUUGCGUUCAAACGCCUUGUUGCUGAGAAACCUGCUCUACUUGGAGUGAGCGCGCAGAUGAUAUGGGUCGGAAUUUCUCAUGCGGGUGAUAGUGUUAAAUCACCAGGAUUCAAUUACGGUCUGGAUGUCGGUGAGGUUGCUGGAAUCUGUGUUUGA